AUGGCGGAGGCGGCGCCCGGGAAAAUAAAGAAGGAGGGUUGGCUCCAGAAGCGUGGCGAGCACAUUCGCAACUGGCGCGAUCGCUACUUCAUACUGUUCGACAAUGGGGACUUGGUCGGGUUCAAGACUCAACCGGAGAGGAAUAACUACCGCGACCCCCUGAACAAGUUCACGGUGCGCGACUGCCAGAUCAUGGCAGUGGACAAGCCACGUCCCUACACCUUCACCAUACGCGGGUUGCAGUGGACCACCGUCAUCGAACGCAAUUUCUCCGUUGAAACCGAAAAAGAACGCGAGGAGUGGGUGGCGGCGAUCCGCUCCGUGUCGCAGCAGCUGAGCGUGGGCGGCGCAGGCGCGGGGGUCGCGCCCGCCUUCGGCGCUCCAGCGCUCGGCGGGGGCGCUCCUCAAGACUGUGACGACAACGAAAUGGCACAACUCGGCACCAGCUUCCGGGAUCCGCGCCGUGUUACAUUGGAAAAAUUCGAGUUCGUGAAGGUGCUCGGAAAGGGCACGUUCGGCAAGGUGGUGUUGUCUCGCGAGAAGGGCACCGGCAAGCUGUACGCCAUGAAGAUCCUUCGGAAAAACCUCAUCAUACAAAAGGACGAAGUGGCGCACACCAUCACCGAGAACCAAGUACUCAAGAACACAAAGCACCCAUUUCUCACGGCGCUGCGCUACUCGUUCCAGACGGCAGACCGCGUAUGCUUCGUGAUGGAGUACGCUAACGGCGGCGAGUUGUUUUUCCACCUGUCGCGCGAGCGCUCCUUCUCCGAGGAGCGCACGCGCUUCUACGGCGCGGAGAUCGUAUCGGCGCUGGGGUACCUGCACGCCAACGGGAUCAUCUACCGCGACCUCAAGCUGGAGAACCUGUUGCUCGACAAGGACGGCCACAUCAAGAUCGCCGACUUCGGCCUCUGCAAGGUCAACAUCACGUACGGCCGCACCACGAAGACGUUCUGCGGCACCCCCGAGUACCUGGCGCCCGAGGUGCUCGAGGACACGGACUACGGGCCGGCCGUGGACUGGUGGGGCGUGGGCGUGGUCAUGUACGAGAUGGCGUGCGGCCGCCUGCCCUUCUACAACCGCGACCACGAGGUGCUGUUCUCGCUGAUCCUGAGCGAGGAGGUGCGCUUCCCGCGCGCGCUGUCGGUGGCGUGCCGCGGCCUGCUGGCGGGCCUCCUCACCAAGGAGCCCGCCAACCGCCUCGGCGCGGGGCCCGACGACGCGCUCGAGAUCAUGAAUCAUCCCUUCUUCGCCUCCAUCAACUGGGCCGACCUCGUCGCCAAAAAGAUCCCGCCGCUGUUCAAGCCGCAAGUGGAGUCGGAGACGGACACGCGAUACUUCGACUCGGAGUUCACGGGCGAGUCGGUGGAGCUCACGCCGCCCGACAACGACUCCAGCCUCGCGCGCAUCCAGGAGGAACAGUUCCCGCAGUUCUCGUACCAGGACAUUUGCUCGUCGGCGCACUCCGCGCUGUCGCACCACUCGGCGCUGGGCGACAAGCGCCAACACACGAGAGCGAGACGACUCUUCGCGGGCACGAGCGCCUUGACGACGUGCUCACGAGGCACUGACGGACGUCGAGUCGCGAUCAGCACCGGCCGCAGACACGCGUCCUAA